AUGGCUGGAGGGAACCACUCGGGGGUGUCCGAGUUUGUGUUCCUGGGCCUCACCAGCUCCCAGGAGCUCCAGCGUCUCCUCCUGGUGUUCUCCUCAGUCCUCUACACGGCGAGCAUGACUGGGAACAGCCUCAUUGUGUUUUCUGUGACCACCGACCCUCACCUACACUCCCCCAUGUAUUUCCUGCUGGCGGGCCUCUCCUUCAUUGACCUGGGAGCCUGCUCUGUCACGUCCCCCAAGAUGAUUUAUGAUCUGUUCAGAAAGAGCAAAGUCAUCUCCUUUGAAGGCUGCAUCGCUCAGAUCUUCUUCAUCCAUGUGAUUGGCGGUGUGGAGAUGGUGCUGCUCAUGGCCAUGGCCUUUGACAGAUACGUGGCCAUCUGUAAACCUCUUCACUACCUGGCCAUCAUGAGCCCACGGGUGUGCAUUUUGUUUGUGGUUGCUGCCUGGGGCCUUGGCAUUAUUCACUCCCUGUUCCAACUGGUGUUUCUCAUUGGCUUGCCCUUCUGUGGCCCUAACGUGUUGGACAGCUUUUACUGUGACCUCCCUCGGCUCCUCAGGCUGGCCUGCGCAGACACCAGUCGGCUGCAGUUCAUGGUGACUGUGAACAGUGGGUUCAUCUGCGUCAGCUCUUUCUCUGUGCUUCUCAUCUCGUACAUCUUCAUCCUGGUCAGUGUUUGGAAACACUCCACAGGAGCUUCCUCCAAGGCCCUUUCCACACUUUCAGCUCACAUCACUGUGGUGAUCCUGUUCUUUGGUCCGACCCUGUUUGUUUAUACCUGGCCACACCCCAGUUCACAGAUGGACAAGUAUCUUGCUCUCUUUGAUUCUGUCCUCACUCCCGUUCUGAAUCCAGUCAUCUACACUUUCAGGAAUAAAGAGAUGAAGGCCGCCAUGAAGAGAGUGUGCAAACAGAUUUACAGGAAGAUGUCCCUAAUGGUGGGUUAA